AUUGAAAACAAUUGAACUAUUCAUAGAUUGUAUAAACCUUCAUGUUAACUAUUUGAAAAUGUUUUAUAAUUAGCAAAAUAAUCAAGACAAUUAUAUCAAGUUAUUUACUUAUUGUCAUGGUGGAAAUUGUUAUUGAUCAUAGAAAACGUUUUAAAGAAAUAAGAUCUCAUGCUUACAAUCACAAAAUUGUCCGGUCAGGAAAUAAUUCAUUGAAUCAAUCUACAAUAAAUAAAGAUCCUCCAGAGGAGAAAUCUAAUGAAUCAACUGUAUACAAUCAAUACUGGUCAACAAAUGAUUUACUGUCUUUUGAAUGUGACAGUAAUGAUAAUGAAAAAUGGCACCAUUCAAAUGAAACUGAAUAUCAUAGAGCUAACCUUGAUGAUAGAUUAGGUGUUAAUUUUAAUUCUGGAAUAUUUGAUUGGUCUCAAAGUGAAUCUUGGUUAAUUGUUCAAAAUGCUAUAAUAAACACCAUUCUUUGUAAACCAAAUCUAGAUAUCAGUGAAGCCGUCAGAAAUAUGAGACAACUGGUAAACUCUGGAAUUGAAACAGCUACUAUUAUUGAAUAUUGUGAUAAAAAGGUGUUACGUAACACUAUGCGUACUCUUCGCAGACCGUUGGAAAAGUUAAAUGGCAAUGAAUUGAUCAGUGAACUAAUAAGAAUUUGGAAAUAUUAUAUAAACUAUAGUUAUCCUAUUAUUUUAUUAAUAUUCACUACAGUGUCAGUUCCACAAAAAACAAUUGAAUACAUGUUAGGAGCUUCCUUUUUAAAGUAUAUACUUGAGAGGAUGAAAAUUGAAGACAUUAUCAAGAAACAGAAUAACAAAAUUAAUUCGCAUGUUCGACACAUGUAUUACACAAUACUAGUAAGUUUUACCAAAGAGAUUCAACAAAUUGUUUCAUGGGGUUUUGUUCUCUGAGCUGGAUAGCGAUUCAAAUGUCUAAACAGUGAAACUUUUUUUCUCCAAGAUGAAGAAAAGAAGAGAACGUUAUGUAAUCAAACAACAAUAACUCAUCGAUGAAGUUAUAUGAAGAUAGUGUUUGAUUGUAACUUGACUGAAGUACUAAAUUUUAAUUCAGAUGCUUCAACGUAUCUUUCUUGUAACAAGUUCUAAUGAUAAUAUUGACCAGAUGAUGUGUGAAAUUUCGAGCGGAUACUAUUAAGGAGUUUCAAACUUGGAUAAAGCUAUAACGACUCACGUGCAAUGAAGUUUGUUCUCAUUUAACUCAGUUAAGCCCUUUUGUUAACUUAUUUAGAGGACAAAGUCAUCCUUACUAUAACAACUUAUUGUACCUUUAUUAUUGUUAUGUUUGUAUGAAAUAUUAUGCUUGAACAUUGCUUACCGCAUACGCAUAUAUUCAUUCUGCUAGCUUUAUUAUUAGCUGCUUAAUUGAUUCGAUGAUCCAUUCAUUUCCCUACAUAUAUAUAUACGUACAUUUAACACUCUACUACCUCUCGGUUCGCUGACUCACUCAUUUGCCUCCCGGCUUUGUGGUCUGAGUUAUCUGCUAAUAAAACUGUAGUCGCUGCUUCUCUUUGCCUUCUGAUUCCAAACACCGUUGAGGAUUAUAUGAUAACGGUUACGAGGGUGAUUGAUCGACGAAGCACAACCGCUACAAAAUAGCUAUUCAGUGUUUUCCUUAUUUCUUAGUAAUUUUACAGUCGAGGUCAAAUUAUACUCAGUAUAGUUUUGACAUAAACACUUUGAACUGGUUAAAACAAAUUAAGAAAACUAGGAUAGUAAACUAGGUCACAAGCAUUAUAAGCAAAUAUGGUUGAUGGUUAGCACUGGAAUCCAGGGCACGCGUUUCGCCCUAUUUUGGACUCGUCAGCUGGAUGUGCCUGUAUCUCAGAGUUCAUGUUCACACCCCGACUCGCUUCAAACGUCAUCACGUUAUCCACUUAGCUACUUAGUCCUGACAGCCAUUAUCUUAUGCAAUGAGGUGAAGUUUUAGUUCAUCUUGUAUUUUUUGUUUUAAUCAUCCCACUAAUCUUUGGGUCUGCAAUUGAUCAGUUUCUCUCUCUCUCUCUCUCUCUCUCUCU